AGUAAAUAUUUCCAUUUGUGGUAAAUUUUUUGUGUAAAAUAACCAAUCCACCCUUACUUAAUUUCAAUAACCUACCUUAAAUGAGUAAGAUUAUAUGUUAUUAACAUAUUAACCUACAUUAAUUCAUUCAUGAUUUAAACCCUAAUCUCAAUCUCUCUACUCCCUCACAACCACAUCCACCACCAACAUCACCAAAUUUUCUCUCACCUCCCUCUUAGCCACCACCACCCCACCACUAUUUUUCUCACUCUUCUCUCAUAGCCACGACCUAGCCCGAAAUCCCCCACCAAGCCGGCCACCCCCCAACCCCGAAUCCACCUAAGCACCACCUCACUCCGCCCGAAAUUCCAAGAAAUCCUCCAGCCACCACGAACCUUGUUAUUGCUUCUCUUUCUUCUCUUUUCUCUCACAACCACCACUAAUCGAUUCACCGGUCUCCUUUUCCCUUGUCAAAGUCGUCGCCGGCUCCUUUUCCCCUUGUUAUAGCCGUCAGUUCUCCUCAAAAUUAAAAUCCUAAAAAUUGAUUUGGGUUUGUAGUGGUUGUGAGCUGGGCGAGGUUGGUUUUGGGUGGUUAUGGACGGGUUUCAAAUCUUGGUUGUGGUGAUUGGGUUACGGUUGCGGUGUUGGUACGAUUUGGCUGGGGUGAGUUUUGGGUGAUUGGGUUAUGGUUGCGGUGCUGGUGCGAUCUGGCUGGUGGGGUUUCGAGUCAUGAUGGUGGUGAGAGGGUGGUUACGAGAUAGGGUGGUGGUGGUGGUUUCAAGGAGUGCGGUGGAUGUGGGUGGUGGUGGAUGUUGAUGCUGGUGGGGUGGCGUCAGAGAUAGGCCAUGACAGUUGGUAGUGGUGGUUGAUUAAUUUUCCCCCUUUCUCUCUCCUACCCUUAAUCACAAACCCUUCACUUUGUUAAUCAACCAUAAACAAAUUUUGUCUUUAAAAACGUGCAACAAGGUUUGUUGCACAUAACGCGAAACGUAGCACAUAAUGUGAAACGUAGGAAGUACAAUGAAGGAAUUAGAAAUCAUUCAUAAUUAUCAUACAAGAGCACAAAUGUUCAAAAUCCUCCACCACAACAACAAACGUAGGAGUAUACUAUUGCAUUACCGGAAGAGUUCUACUUCCUUACCCUUCUUUUGCAAAACAUGAUACAUUAUUUGAAUAUUAGAUGAUAAAUUAUUGUAUUAUACUAUUGUAUUUAUUUUUGAAAAAGCUUUUCCAAUUCUCCAUUUCCUUCAUUUUUUUCAAUUUUCAUUGUUUGUUUCAUUAGACGGUGAAAAACAAUUUUCUCAUUUUAAGAUAAGGAAUUUUAUUAGGAAAGUAUGUCACAAUUUCCUUUAUACUUCUCACUCAUUCCAUCCCCGCUUCUCUAAUUUCUCUCCUCUAUCUUUUCCUCUCAUUUUUUUUUUCCAAUGUAUAAGUUUUUCUAUAAUCAAACACUCAAAGGAAAAGCCUUUUUCAUGAUUAAUUUUCCUUAAAAAUGAUUUUCAAUAGAAAAUGAUUUUUCAUAAAAGAUAAUUCUCAUCAAAACUAGUGUUAAGCAAAACUAUCCAAAAAUCUGAACAUCAGAUUUGAUACUUUAGAAAAUCCGAUCCCAUACUAUUUUUAUGAUUUUGAAUAUCAGAAAAUGAAUCCAAUCUAAAUAUCCAAAACUUUAGGUGUUAUUUUUAUAUUUUAUUUAUAAUUUUUUUGGAUAUUGGAUAUUAGAUAUCCCAAAUAUUGAAUCGGAUUCGGAUUCCUAGUUUUGGAUAUCGAAUAAUUGAUCCAAAUAAAAUCAUAUAAAAUUAUAGAGUAUAUAGAUUAUAGAGUAUAAUAAUUGAUUAAAUUGAAUGAAGCGACGAUAAUCCUUGCACCGACAACCAUCAACCAAAUUCCUAACCAAAGGACCAUACUACUCUACAACACAUUCCACAAACCCUACCAUGCACCUCACCACCAACAGCUGCCACGUCACUCACAGCCAUUCAUAAGAUUCCAUCAGUUACGUGGCAACACCUGAUUCCAUUACCCAAAAAGGAAAUAAAGCGCAAAUUCUCUCUCCAAGGAUAUUUGCGUGAAAUUUGGGUUUAUUUUUUGUCUUAACAAAAAAAAAAAAAAAAGGGUUGAAAUUUACACAGCACCCACUUUUUGACUCACCAUCACUUUCUUUGUCCAAUUCUGCUCUAUGAAUUUUCUUCACUAAGAUCUCUCAUUUCAUAAAAUUUGAUGAAAUAAUUGUAUAAAUCAAAAUAAACCCAAUAUUUUUUUAUUUCUUGAUUUUUUAGGAGUCAUAGAAGAAAAAAUGAAAAUGGGUAUUAUUGAAGAAAAUGGGAUGGAAAAUAUAGGAUUGAAAAAUAUAAAGAAUAAAUACAGAAGAAUGGAUUCAGAUUUGAGUGUGAUUUCAGAAAAUGAGGCACAUAUUUUGAGGAAAAGGAGUACCAGGAAAUUUGUAAUGGCUUCUGCUGUUUUUGCUUCUCUCAAUUCUGUUCUACUUGGUUAUGUAAGUAAGAGUUGAGGGGAGUGAAUAAAGUAAAGACAUUGCAUCUUUUCACAUGGUAUCAAUUUAAUUUCACAACUGUUUGGUAUCUAAUCUGACUCUUGAUGCGUACAAUUGGGUGAAAAUGUAUGUACAUAAGAGCUGUUAAAGACGAUUUCAGCACUACUACUUAACUACAAUGUUGGGGUGAUGAGUGGGGCAGUUAUAUUUAUUCAAGAGGACUUGAAAAUAUCAGAUGUGCAAAUUGAAGUCCUCAUCGGAAUCCUAAGCAUAAUUUCGUUAUUAGGCAGUUUAGCAGGUGGAAAAACGUCUGACACAAUAGGUAGGAAAUGGACAAUGGCAUUAGCUGCCACAAUAUUCCAAGUAGGAGCUGGUAUAAUGGCAUUAGCACCAAAUUUCGGGGUGUUACUCGCAGGAAGGCUUUUUGCUGGAGUAGGAAUUGGCUUUGGUGUCAUGAUAGCUCCUGUCUACAUUGCUGAGAUAGCACCAGCAAUCGCUAGAGGAUCAUUAACAUCCUUUCCUGAGAUCUUCAUAAACUUCGGAAUUCUUUUGGGUUACAUUUCUAAUUAUGUAUUUUCAGGGCUUCCUGCUCAUAUAAACUGGAGAAUAAUGCUUGGUGUUGGGAUUCUCCCUUCCAUUUUCAUUGGUGGUGCACUCUUAAUCAUACCUGAAUCUCCUAGAUGUCUGGUAAUGCAAAAUCAUAUUGAUGAAGCAAAGGUUGUUCUUCAGAAAACUAUAGAUAACGAAAAAGAAGUUGAGGAGAAAUUAGCUGAUAUACAGCAAGCUGCAGGAACCACCAAUGCUGACAAGUAUGAAACAAAAGCAGUUUGGCAGGAACUCUUACAUCCAACUCCAGCUGUUAGGAAGAUGUUAAUUGCAGGGUGUGGAAUUCAGAUAUUCCAGCAGAUAACGGGUAUUGACACUGUUGUAUAUUACAGCCCUACAAUAUUCAAAGAUGCUGGAAUUAGUAGCAACACUGAGCUUCUUGCUGCAACAAUGGCAGUUGGAUUUACAAAAACUUUCUCUAUCUUAAUCGCUAUCUUUCUCAUUGAUCAUCUAGGUAGAAAGCCUUUGCUUUAUGUGAGCACAGUUGGAAUGACUGUUUGUUUGAUAGGGCUCAGCCUAAGCUUAGCCUUACUCGGGCAUGAGCCAAUUGGUAUUAGAUUGGCUUUGUUGUUUGUUUGUGGAAAUGUGGCCUUCUUUUCUGUGGGAAUUGGUCCAAUUUGCUGGGUUUUGAGUUCAGAAAUUUUCCCUCUUAGGCUUCGAGCUCAGGCAUCAGGUCUUGGGGCUGUUGGAAGUAGGCUCAGCAGUGGCCUAAUCUCGAUGUCCUUCCUUUCAGCUGCCCAUGCAAUCACCGUGGCUGGAACCUUCUUUGUAUUUGCUGUAAUCUCAGCCUUGUCUAUUGUAUUUGUGUACAAGUGUGUGCCUGAAACCAGAGGGAAAUCUCUGGAAGAGAUCGAGGUGAUGUUUGAUGAAGAUAAACACCCAGGAUCAGGUGAAAUGGAGCUUGCAGAUACCGCGAGUCUUGUGCCAAAGGAACCAAAUGGAGCAUAGUUCAUUGCUUCGUUCUCAUCACCAUGGGUCCAAUGAGACUUCAUAGACGAGCAUUUACUUGCAGGGACCAGGGACUACAGAGUGUGUAUAGCACAGGAUGAUAAGCAUUGGGGAUAUUUUUUUUUUCGAGUUUGGCAUCGACUCAUGAUACGCCUAAAAGAUUGUUUGGUACGAGUCUAAGCAGGUUAUACAAGUAUUCUUUUCGAAUGAUAAGAAAACAGUAGUUUGCGCUGCAGCUGCAGAGCCUGCAGUAUGUUGAGAACGAUAGGGGGGGGGGGGGUGUGUAGGAGUUGCUUCAUCAAAUGUGAGUGUAAUGUAAGUUGCUUUGAUGUGGAUUCCCCCAAGAUUAUUAGAGGAUUGGUUUCAUGUACGUAUGGCACAUUCUUUUUAUGAUAUGUUAUAAAUCCUACAUUUUUUCCUACAA